AAUUAAAAUCUAUGUAUCAACAAUGAUGAAUUAUUCACCUCUCCUGAUUGUAUUGUUGUAUUUCCUUCCAUCUUGUUAUGCAAAGUGCACCCCUUCCGCCUGUGGCAUCUUUGCCAAUAUCAGCUCCCCUUUCGGCCUCAAGGGCGAUUCCAAAAAGUGCGGUGAUCGCAGAUUUGAAUUAACAUGUGAAAAUAAUGUGACCUUCUUCUCCCUCAAUUCUCACAAAUACUAUGUCAAAGCAAUCAACUACGACAACUCCACCGUGAGGCUAGUUGAUGCUUCCGUGAACACCAAUGACAUCUGCUCUUUCCCCUCCGUCUCCGCAUAUGCCUAUCAAUUCAGCCGUGACAAUCCCAACCGCCCUCCUUCCAUUGCCGAGAGUUAUUUCAGUCCUCUUCGUUUAAUCCAUCUUCAUUUGAUGAGGUGCCCGCACCCGUUGCAGAAUUCUUCCCUCUUCACAGAUAUCACGACUCGUUGCCCCUCCGGUUCAGAGUAUACUUAUGUAAAAGUUGGAAGCAUGGAGGUCUCACGUGUAGAGAAGAUGUGCAGAGAUGAGGUGAUAGUGAUGACAUCCUGGGAUUUUAAGGAUUCGAACAACGUCUCGCUUUCAGAAAUCCAUGACUCCCUCUUGUAUGGAUUUGAACUCACCGUAUGCCCCUUGUGCACAGCAACAGAGAGUUUGCAGGAUAAAUUUAGAGUCUUCUUCUACAGUCUUAUCCCUAUUCUUCUGGUCAUUACAUGUCUUUUAUGUGCACCUCCUAUAACUUCAAUUAUUGGAUUCGUCGCUAUUUUAGGACUAUUAGCUUAUACAGGCUUCUUGAUGGUUUAUUCCAAGAUUGGAGAGACUAUUCAACUAUCAACUGCCUUCGUCUCAACCAUGAUCAUUUGUGCACCAAGAUUCAUCAUUUUCCCUCUGGCAGUCUGGCUAUUGAUCUACAAAUUCCGAAGAAGGCAUUUGUCCAUGUACAACACAAUCGAAUCUUACCUCCAAAGUGACAACAAGAUCACAUCAAUUAGAUAUUCAUAUUCGGACAUAAAGAAAAUGACGAAAAGUUUUCAAGAAAAAUUAGGUCAAGGAGGCUACGGUUCUGUUUAUAAAGGAAAGCUCCGAAGUGGCGAUCAUGUAGCGGUCAAAAUGCUUGGAAAAUCCGGAGGAAAUGGACAAGACUUUAUGAAUGAAAUCGCAACUAUUGGAAGGAUACACCAUGUCAAUGUGGUGACAUUAGUUGGAUAUUGUGCAGAAGGCUCCAAGCGUGCCCUUGUCUUAGAUUUCAUGCCUAAUGGUUCUCUUGAUAAAUACCUCUUCAAUAGAGAAAAAUCAAAUUCCAUAACUUGGGAGACAAAGUUUGAUAUUGCUGUUGGAAUAGCUCGGGGAAUUGAGUAUUUGCACCGAGGGUGUGACAUACAAAUUCUACAUUUUGAUAUCAAGCCUCAUAAUAUUCUUCUUGAUGAUAAGUUCAUUCCCAAAAUAUCCGAUUUUGGGCUAGCAAAGUAUUGCUCCACGGAUAAGAAUACUGUUACAAUGACUGUUGCUAGAGGAACCAUAGGGUAUGUUGCUCCUGAACUUAUCAACAGAAGUAUCGGUGCAGUAUCUUACAAGGCUGAUGUGUAUAGUUUCGGGAUGCUAUUGAUGGAAAUGGUGGGCUUAAACCGAGACUUAAGAUUAAACAAUUGUGAUUCUAGCCAAUAUUUUCCUAAUUGGAUAUAUGAGUGCUUUGAGCAAGGUAAGGAUAUUGAAGUUGAAAAGGCAAAUGAAAAUGAGGAUAGCGAAGGCACAAGGAAGCUUGUGCGCAAGAUAACGAUAGUUGCAUUGUGGUGCAUACGGAUGAGUCCAAAUGAUCGUCCAUCAAUGAAUAAAGUAGUGCAGAUGCUGGAAGUAGAUACUUGA